AUGAGUGAGGAAGACGAGGAAGCAAAGCAGGAGGAAGAGGUUCAGGACAGACAGGGACCAGCAGCAGGAGGCUUUGAGUUGGACAAAAAGUUCAGCUUAUUAGGACUGAUUCAUAAAUUAUUUACUGAAACCAGACAAAUCAGCAGCUUUGAAAUGUUCCAGGUUCUGUUCAUCUUUGAUGGUCUGGAUGAGAGUCGACUUCCUCUGGACUUCAAGAACAAGGAGAUCCUGACUGAUGCUACAGAGUCCAGCUCAGUGGAUGUUCUGCUGACAAACCUCAUCAGGGGGAAACUGCUUCCCUCUGCUCUCCUCUGGAUAACCACAAGACCUGCUGCAGCCAAUCAGAUCCCUCCUGAGUGUGUUGGCAUGGUGACAGAGGUCAGGGGGUUCAAUGACCCCCAGAAGGAGGAGUACUUCAGGAAGAGAUUCAGAGAUGAUGAGGAGAAGGCCAGCAGGAUCAUCUCCCACAUCCAGAAAUCAAAAACUCUCCACAUCAUGUGUCACAUCCCAGUUUUCUGCUGGAUCACUGCUAAAGUUCUGGAGGAAAUGAUGGAGACCAGAGAAGGAGGAGAGCUGCCCAAGACCCUGACUGAGAUGUAUGUCAAGUUCCUGCUGGUUCAACUCACAAUUAAGGAGAAAAAGUUUGAUGGACAACAAAAGACAAAACCAAUUUGGAGUCCAGAGAACAGGAAGCUGAUUGAUUCUCUAGGUAGUCUGGCUUUAGAUCAGCUCCUGAAGGGAAACCUGAUCUUCUAUGACAAAGACCUCAAAUGGUGUGACAUCAACAUCAAAGAUGCUGCGUUGUACUCAGGAGUUUUCACUCAGAUGUUUAAAGAGGAGCCUGGGCUGGGCAACAUCUCCGUCUACUCCUUUGUUCAUCUGAGCAUCCAGGAGUUUCUGGCUGCAGUCUACAUGUUCCACUGCUUCACCAGCAAGAGGUCAGAGGUCAUCAAGACGUUCCUCGGAGGAAAAUACAAUGAAACAUCUCUAGAUGAGUUCAUGAAGAAAGUCAUAUAUAAAUCCCUCAGCAGUAAAAAUGGCCACCUGGACCUGUUUGUCCGCUUCCUUCAUGGUCUCACUGUGGACUCCAACCAGAGACACUUAGAGGAUCUGCUGGGUCAGACAGAGAACCGUCCAGAAACCAUCCAGAGAAUCAUCACCAACCUGAAGGAGAUGAACACUUAUGAUAUCUCUGCUGACAGAAGCAUCAACAUCUUCUACUGUCUGGUGGAGAUGAAUCACAUUUCAUUUACUCAGGAGAUAAAACAGCUCCUGAUAUCAGGGAAGAAACUCUCAGUGACUGACUGUUCAGCUCUGGCCUUCAUGCUGCAGAUGUCAGAGGUUCUGGAUGAGUUGGACCUGNAGAAGUACAACACAUCUUACAUCUUUUAUUCUUUAUUCAGAUUGUACAGCUGCAGUUUGUCAGAGACCAGCUGGACGUCUCUGUUCUCAGCUCUGAAGUCCAAACCGACCAAUCUGACAGAACUGAACCUGUUAGACAGCAACCUGGGAGAUUCUGCAGUGAAGGAGCUCUGUGGUUUUCUACAGACUGAAGGCUGCAGACUACAAACAUUGGAAUUGGGGGGCUACAAUUUGUCAGAGGCCAGCUGGAUUUCUCUGUUCUCAGCUCUGAAGUCCAACCCGACCCAUCUGAUAUUACUGGAGCUGGGCUGGACCAACCUGGAAGAUUCUGGAGUGAAGGAGCUCUGUGGUUUUCUACAGACUGAAGGCUGCAGAUUACAACAAUUAAGAUUGAUCAGCUGCAGAUUCUCAGAGAUCAGCUGGACGUCUCUGUUCUCAGCUCUGAAGUCCAACCCGACCCAUCUGACAGAACUGAACCUGAGCUUCACCAACCUGGAAGGUUCUGGAGUGAAGGAGCUCUGUGGUUUUCUACAGACUGAAGGCUGCAGCCUGAACUAUUUGAGGUUGUUUGGCUGCAGGUUGUCAAAGAUCAGCUGUGAUUUUCUGGCCUCAACUCUGAAGUCCAACAGCCUCCAUCUGACAGAACUGAACCUGGAUGGAAACAACAAGCUGAAGGAUUCAGAUGUUCAGCAGCUGAAGGAUCUUGUAGAGACUUUAAAGUUCUGAUCUCUGUAAAGUAGAGAACGGUCUCUGUGUCCUGCUGAUCCUCAGAGGUUGAAGCUGCAGCAGUUUGAGUCUAAAGAGACUCUGACUGGAUCCUGAUGAUGACCUCUGACCUCCAAGAUUUUCCUCCUGUUUAUUUUCUCAUGUCUGUCAUUUAGUGUCUGAUAUUGUUUGUCUCUUUGGAUCAAUAAAGAUCCGAUUCAAACUGGGCUCCAUUUAGAGGCUUCAUGGAGUUUUGAUCUGAACUGGAUUCAA